AUGGCCCGGCCGGGGACCGCCUGGCUCCUGCCGCUGUCCCUGCUGCUCGGUGAGGGUGCGCGGCGCGGAGGGCGGGGUGGGGGGACGGCCCGGGCCCGGGGCCCCGCUCACCUGACCCCCCGCCCCGCAGACGCCGCCGCGGGCCUCGUGCGGCUGAAGGUGAGCCCGCCGCAGGUGGUGGCGCGAGCGGGCCAGGACGUGCGGCUGAGCUGCGAGGCGGCGCCCGCUCUGGCGGCGGGAUGCUCGUGGCUGCGCCAGAGGCCGGGCGACGGCGCCUGGCCGCCCGCCUUCCUCCUCUACACGUCGGGCAUGCGGGUCCAGCUGGCCACCGGGCUGAGCGACGCCAAGAUCUCCGGCAAGAAAGAGGGGACGUGUACCUUCAAUCUGCGCCACUUCAGCGAGGACGACCAGGGCCACUACUUCUGCCUGGUCAUCGUCAACUCGCAGAUGCACUUCAGCCCUUUGGUACCCGUCUUUCUGCCAGCUCAGCCCACCACGAAGCCAGCGCCGCUCCCGACCACGCAGGUGCCCGGCGGCUGGCGCACCCGCUCCCCACGCCCAGGACCGUGCCGGCCCGCGGCGCCCGGCGCAGCGGAGGAGACGGGGCUGGACUUCGCCUGUGACAUCUACAUCUGGGCGCCCUUGGCCGGUGUCUGCGCGGCGCUUCUCCUGUCACUGAUCAUCACUGUCAUCUGCCACCACAGGAACCGGAGGCGGGUUUGCAAAUGUCCCAGGCCCAUCGUCAGACAGGGGGGCAAGCCCAGUCCUUCAGGGAAAUACGUGUGACAUGGCUCCGGGCCUGUGGUAAGGGUCUUCAUGAACAGAGAAGACAUGUCUGCAUACAUUUAAGCAAAUUUGAAGCCUAGUAGCUUAGAACAGUUUCUGUACUGUA